CUUGACUUCAACUUCUCCAUGAGAUUGGAGCGUUCAACGUUGAUAUUUCGAAGUUUUCGACCGAAGCGCAUGAUACUGGAGAAAUCAAGCGAUUUUGGAGUGACGUGGCAGCCCUAUCAGUAUUACUCAUUCAUGUGUUUACAAUCUGUGAUCCCAGACGGUCUAUUUCAAGGACUGAACGAAAGCAAAAGAGGCAGCUAUCCGGAAGACUCGACGGAAGCGUUUUGUACAACGGAGGACUCUGUACGCAAUUCGCCGACAGAAUUCGGAACGGUUGUGUUUGACGCAACGCGCUUUGGAGACGGUCGCUACGACAACCCAGCCGUCGUCGGACACGUCGUCGUGACGAACCUUCGAGCCAGGUUCCGCAGCUUGGACACGCUCGGCGACGACGUGUUCAAACCGCCGCCGCCCGACAUUAGCAUGAAGUACUUCUAUUCCGUCAGCGAGUGGAGCGUCGACGGCCACUGCUUCUGCAACGGUCACGCCGACCAGUGCGUGCGACGAGGAUCCGAAACCCUACUACCAGAUCAGGUUCCUAGUGGAUGCAAUUGCAAGCACAAUACGACGGGCGACCACUGCGACGCGUGUCUGCCUUUGUACAACAACAGGCCGUGGCGAAGAGGAAACUCAACGAGCGCCAACGAGUGCGAAGCCUGUGAGUGCAAUCAGCACAGCAAGAGUUGCGUUUACAACGAAAUUGAAGGAUACGGCGUCUGUCAGCAUUGCCUUCACAACACUGUUGGAGAUCACUGCGAGGGGUGUCGCCCGCUUCACUAUCACAAUUCCUCCGUCGACUUCCGCGAUCCGAAUGCGUGCCCUGCUUGUGAUUGCCAUGUAGACGGCUCAUCGUCACGUCAGUGCGACGUAGACGGCAAUUGUUCUUGUAAGGCGAACGUGGAUGGCCGUCAAUGCAAUCAAUGCAAAGCUGGCUUUUUCGGAUUAGCAGGAAAUCUCGUGGACGGCUGUCAAGCUUGCCUCUUGUGCAACAACUCUGUCGUUACCACUCCGCGCAAGUGCAACCCUGUGGACGGAUCAUGCUCGUGCAAACCGAACGUGCGGGGCCAACUCUGCAAUAGUUGCAAGCCAGGAUUUUACAACUUCGAUCCAAGUAAUCCCGAUCUCUGUUCGGCGUGUGGAUGUUCGUUGUUUACAGCACUGUCUUCCAACUGUAAUCUAACUACCGGACAAUGUGAAUGUCGAUCCGGAUUGACGGGCCGCACUUGUAACGAGACGGCAUCGGGUCGAUACCUUCCAUACUUAGAGGGAAUUGUCUAUGAAGCAGAAGACGCAUAUCUCGAUGGCGCGUUUGCUGUAGCACAAGCGAGCAGUGCCGAUGCAGGGUUUACAGGAUGGGGCCUUGUUCGAAUGUCUGUCUCCGGAGGUCGGGUGGUAUGGUGGGUGACCGCGCCUACACGAACAAUCAUCUACACGAUUAUCGUCCGAUACCGAGCAGUAACUCGUAUCGAAUUUGUUACCGUGAAUAUCACGGGAGACGCUGCGACUCGUUCGUAUUCUUGCGACCGUUCGAGCGCUCCGCAGUACGGAAAUCAAAUACAUUUCGAGAACUUCUCGUUACCAGCCGCUCCGUCGGGAUCCGGGUCUCUUAAGAUGGACGCGUGUAUCUCAGCAGGAAGCAGGAUUAUGAUCGAAGUCAAGUAUCUGUUUACUGGUAUAGGGCCUCAGUUUUAUAUUGACUCGAUGGUCGUCAUGCCUAAGCGGACAUACGUGGAACCGUUCAAGGAAUUGUUGAUCGGAUCGGAUCUGUACAACGAGACGUGGUCGUGCUACGUUGAACGAGAACUGGUGUCAUCCCAUACCGUUCCUCUGACUCCACUGUGUCGUGCUCAUACGUUUCUUGCCAAUGCUUGGUUGUUUAACGGAUCCGUAGCUUGCAGUUGUGAUGCAAACGGUGCGAUGGACGACGACUGCCGACCCGUUGGCGGAGAGUGUACGUGUCGCAGUAGCGUGAUCACACGAACGUGCUCGCGCUGUGACUUCAAUUACUUCAAUUUAUCAACAACGGGUUGUGAAGCUUGUAACUGUUCGCCGUUGGGUUCCGACGUCUCACUGCCGUGCGAUACCGUCACCGGUCAGUGCGUCUGUCGACCGUCCACGACCGGGAUCGGAUGCGAAUCGUGCAUCGAGAACUAUUUCAAUUUUUCGGACUGCGAACCGUGCGGCUGCGAUCCUCACGCUUCGACCAACCUGCAGUGCGACGCCGACGGCGAAUGCGACUGCAAGGCGGGCUUCGACGGCACAAAGUGCGACGACGGUUGCCUUCCGAGUUACUAUCGUCUGGGCAACAGUAGCUGUUCAGCAUGCAAUUGCAGCUCAUCGGGAAGUGUUGCGGCUCAGUGUGAUGACAUGAGUGGUCAAUGCGAUUGUAAGGAAAGAACAGCGGGCAGGACGUGUAACGUGUGCGAAGACGGACAUUUUAAUUUCGACUCGAACAACGUCGACGUCUGUCUCAGAUGCUUCUGCUAUAAUCAUUCGAAUGAUUGCGACUCGGCUCGCGGAUUCGAACUAAAGCAGGUCAAUAGUACGUUCGAAGGAGUGAAUGCAGAUGGUUGGAGUGGAAUCAGCGAAAUGGGAAAUGAUGCUCCUGUGUCUCCAACUGUUGAUAUGGGCGUCUUGAACUUUGUACUGAGAGGACAGUUAUUUUCUAGGUUUGCGUAUUUUGUGGCUCCGUCCAAAUUUUUAGACGCUCUACGCAUGUCUUACGCUCAAACGCUCGAAUUUGAUCUUCGUCUGAAUCAAAUGGUUGGCAAUCUCUUGCUCAUGACAAUGGCAGCUGGAGAUGUACUUAUUAAAGGGCGCGGUGCGCAGGAACCGAUAGUGGCCGCAUUGAGCCAACUACCGGGGAGAGUAUUCCAUCGUUACAAGAUCCAAUUGGUCGAGUCUCAGUUCUAUUGGGGUAGAGUGAACGGUUUCGGUGUGACCGUCAAUGAAAUGUUUGAUAUUCUAAACGACGUUGAAUAUUUGAGAAUACGAGGUGACUUCGGGCAAGAAAUGACUGGGAACGCAGAGUUAGACAAUGUCGCUCUUGGAUUUGCCGAGUGGACGGGCGUUAGUGUUCUCACCAGCGUAGUUAACUGUUCUUGUCCCGACGGGCACGAAGGAAUCUAUUGCGAAAAGUGCAAGAGAGGGUACAAACGGAGCGUUGUCAAUGGCACCGCUUACGACUCUUGCGUGCCGUGUCAGUGCAACGGGCAUUCUGCAGACUGCGACGUCGAGACGGGAGUCUGUAUCGAUUGCCGUCAUAACACUCGAGGUGACGAGUGCGACGAAUGUCGGCGGGGAUACUACGGAGUCGCCACCGACCAAACGGCGGACGACUGCAUGCCGUGUCCCUGUCCUCUCACGACCGGAACAAAUCAGUUCAGUCCGACGUGUCAACUCGCGUCGGACGGCGCCGUCGUGUGCGACGACUGCCCCGACUCUCACACGGGACUUCGGUGCGAGGAGUGCCGCGACGGAUACUUUGGUCGACCCUCCGUCCCCGGAAGCGACUGUCGACGCUGCACUUGUAACGGAAACAUCAACUUGAAUGAAACGGGUAACUGUGACACAACGACCGGUGAAUGUUUGAAGUGUGUAAACAACACGAGUGGACCGAUGUGUGAUCAAUGCGCAGAUGGCUACUUUGGUGAUGCGAUCACUGGCACUUGUGAAGAGUGUGGUUGUAAUUUGACGGGUUCUCGAAAUCGGAGCUGUUCUGGCUCCGAAGGCGUUUGCGCAUGCUUACCCGGUGUGGCGGGAAACAAGUGCGAUCGCUGCAUGCCGCAGCAUUUUGGCUACGACGACGGAUCCGGUUGUCGUCGUUGCAACUGUGAUCCUCUCGGAGCACGUCACGGUAACUGCACGCCCUAUUCGGGUCAGUGCUUUUGCAAGGCCGGCGUCGCGACGAGCAGUCGAACGUGCAGCGAGUGCGGCGACGGUUUCUUUAACCUUUCCAACGCCGGAUGUCAAAGAUGCGAGUGUAACGUGUCAAAUACAAGAAACGGCUCGAAUACGUGCAGCAAGAUCUCCGGUCAGUGUCCGUGUCUGGCGGGCGUGACGGGUCUAGCGUGCGUCGCCUGCAAGCCUGAUACUCUAGGGUCACCUCCAGACUGUAUUCUAUGUGGUGAGUGCUACUCGGACUGGUCUCUAUUGAUUGAUGAGCUGAUGGCCCGGAUCGAAAGUGAAGACCAACGAUUUCGUGGAUUGGUUCGUGUCCACUACGGAAUUUUGUCGGUAAAACAGCGAAUAGGCAAUGUUACCAGUCUUCGGCAGUCCUACGAUGUUAUCACAAAUUUUACCAUCAAUCCUUCGUCACUCAAUGAAACUCGAAUCGACCUUGUCAAUACGUUUACUGAGUUGUCAUCGCGCUUUAAUGUGAAUGAAAAAUUGUACGUGGAAGUGGAAACAGUUGUGCAGCAGAGUGAAGAGGCGGUUCGACGUGCGAUGUCGUUCAACGGUUCGGUGUUGGUUGGAACGGGCAUUUAUCAAUCCACUCGUGACGUUCGCGAAUUGUAUACAAGUCUGAAUGCGACGGCAAAUCGCUUAGGAAUUACUUCUGCCAAUGCCGUGUAUUACAUCAACCGCAAUGCGACAGCCGUUAGAGCAGCCAAGACACGAGCGGAGCGCGCUCGCUCGAUAAUUCAAACGGCAGUUAAUACGUCUAGGCAAGCUCAAGGGAACAUCGACUUCAUCUUUGACGCGAAGCCUGUUUUCGAUUCUAAUUCGGAAACUUGCUCAGCAACGUUAACGUUGCUUACUGCUCAACGCGACCAAAUUCGUGCGAAUCUCACAGAAGAUCUCGCGUGUUUACGAAACGCCAACUCGACAGGUGUGAACGCAAGUAACGUUGCUCAAACGGCGCUUGCUACGGCGCAAUUACGCCGAAAUUCUAGCGAAAUGGAACUGAAAGACAGCGAGCUUUUGAUUCGAGACGCAGAAACGGCCUUUCAAGCGGCGUGUGGAACAUCUAAUGGAACAAACACCGCAAAGAACGAAGCGGACGCUAUCCGUGCUACAGCCAACGAGAUACUGUCUAACGCAUCUUUUCUCGACUCCUUACUCAACACGUCAGCCGGGUCUUUGAAUAGCAUCAACCAGUCGGCAUCGGACGUAUUAGACUUAACUCUGUCAGACAUCACAAUUAUCCAACAACUGUCGCAGAAAAUAAACGAGACAAUAAUACCCGAGACUGAAGUAAACGCCACUAUAGAAGAAGCAAGAGACAGCAGAGCUCAAGCCAAUGACGUCCUGACCACGGCAUCCAGUGCACUAAAUGUGAGCCAAAAAGCUGCUAACCUUGUGACCGGCAUUGAAACUUUACUAGCUAACUCCAGUCAUAUCCGACAGAUGACCGAACAGAGGAUACGGGACACAGAGCUGACCAGCGUGUCGAUACACAGUUGCGGCGUCGAAAUACACAAUGCGACCAACGACACGAUGACGACAACAGUGCAGUCACGUGGUGUGAGUCGCAUGGCUCUCGACACAGUCGGGAAAGUGAAAGAGUGCCGACUUGCUGCGUUGAGCAAACUCGACGUGUCCGCAGCAGCAGUAGACCACAGUUGCAACGUGACGGACGUCCAGCUGCUUCAGAAUGCCAGCAAGGUAAUGCAGUCUGCCAGAGCGCUUACAGCAACUCAAGUCCACUCCAACGCUUCUUCCGACAGCUUAACACUGAACAACAUCAAACAGUCGGCAGAGGAUGCACUGCAGCUAGUAACGCGGUCGUCGCUUAUUUCGAGAAUCAAAGAACUGUUAGAUAGCUAUAUAGAACAGAAGACUACUUUGAUUCGCAAGCGAGAGAGACUUGGGGUGCUAGAAGUAAGGUUGGACAAUCUACUGACCGAAGUCGAAAUUUGUCGAAGUUUCAACUAGCGGUUGUAAACGUUGGAAUAGACUAGUCAUACAGACGUAGUUGUCCGGCAGUAGAUGCUAGCUGCCGAGUGCUUAUAGUAAUAAACCUAUUGCAUGCAUUGUUCGUCUACGGCUUUGUUAUUUGUGUUAUCCGACGGCAGACAUACCUACUUGUCUGCUAUAUACACGUGUAUCAAUUGAUGUUGUGCAAAAGUAGACUGCAGUAUGUACGUGUAUUGUAUACAUGUGUGGUAUUUCUAUAUAGUCUAGCUUAGCUAAAAGAAAAAACAAAACGGAAGUUGUCGAGUU